GCUCGUGUUAUAUGUUUAAAAAGCCAAAAUGAACCACGGCAGCCGGAGGAAGGCGGUGUGUGGAGGUUAGGAGAAUCCGAUUGUGUGAUCUUCUCUGUCCGGCUGAUUUUUAAAAGACUAUAAAGGCAUGGCCAGAGCGGAUCACUGCUGUCUAUUUACAAUGUAGCUCGGUCAUCUGACCUGUCGAAGGUGCCAGUGAACGCCACAUGAGGGCGCCGUCACACCCUGAACACGCCCCCCAAGACAUUUUAAUCAAUGAAGAGCUAAAAACUGUCGCCAUCACUGCGUAACACCGAGAAAUAAUUCUUAAACAAACAAAAAAUCUAUACAACCGGAAGCGGAUGGUUAGUGUCACGGUGAAUUCUACCCCCCUUGUAUCGCCCAGUCAGUCCUACAAGCAUGUCCAGCUCCGUGUGUAGCAGAUUCCUUCAAACUGCAAGACAUGGACUUGUUCGUUCAUCCAGAGCAACACCAGUAUUCUCGAGUCCAUUUCUGUCUCGAGCUCAUCGACUGGGACCAACUGAUGAUGAACGGUACCAGCGAACCACAGCCACCAUCAUGCAGAAGGACGCGGCCAGUGGCUUCAUUAUCCACGGCUACAAUGAAAGAGGAUUUAACAUCAAUGGUAAUCAGGUGAUCGGUCCCUGCGCUGUGCUGCCCCCUGCCAUCCUGCAGUGGAAAGUUGGCACACAUCUAAACAUCACAGAGGAAAGUAUUGCUUUGUUUCACAUGCUGGAACCAGGACUAGAAAUUCUUGUGCUGGGAACAGGUUCAAAAAUUGAACAAAUAAAUCCCUUAGUUCUGGCUCUGCUCAGGAGGAAACGCAUCGCUGUGGAGGUGCAGGACACGCCAAAUGCAUGCGCAACCUUCAACUUCCUGGUUGAUGAAAAUCGUCUGGUUGCUGCUGGUCUGAUCCCUCCGCCUGCCAGCACCGCCCUGACGACACCGUCCGACGAGUCGUAGGUCCUGGAUCGUUCUGCUGGAUGUUUUUCAACCCUGAACAAAAAUCCACAGAUCUCAGAGGAUGUUGUGAGUGUGAAAGCCCAGUACCAGUGGUUCUGGUACUGGGAGAGCGUCUCAGAACCACUGACAUCACAAGGCUUUGAGCUCGUUGGACUCUUUGUCUCUGAAUCAUUGAUUUGUCUUGUCUGUCUAAAUAUGAUUCUUCUCUUUGUAGAUAUACAAUAUAUAUAUAUUUAAAAAGCUUUACAUCCAUCCAACCCCAAAACCAAGGUUUAAAACAAUUAGAAAUGUACAAAAGAUACAUUUCGGUGUAGUUUUGUAAAAUUAUCAAAUGUGAAUAAAGUCAAUAAAAACACAGUGAUUUGUCUGUUCACAGUGGGUGAAAUAAAAUAAAAACAGAACUUUAU